UGUGUGAUCUGGUUCGUGAGCAUCGUUGUGGUGACGGUCGUUGUGUGUCCAGAGACUGGUUGUGUGACGGAGACCACGACUGUCUGGACAAGUCCGACGAGCUCAACUGCUCCUGUAAGAGUCAGGGUCUGUUGGAGUGUAAGAACGGUCAGUGUAUUCCUUCUGCGUUUCGUUGUGACGGCGAGGACGACUGUAAAGACGGUAGCGACGAGGAGCACUGCAGCCGAGAGCAGACUCAGGGUGUGUGUGGUCCUGGUCAGCCCAGCUGUAUUUCCACUUCCUGUCCAUCUGUGUGUGUGGGGGGCAGCACCACCUGUGACACCCGAAACAACAACUGCACUCGCUGUGAGCCCAUCAGCCUGGAGCUGUGUAUGAAUCUGCCCUACAACCUGACAAGUUACCCAAACUACCUGGGUCACCUGUCACAGCGAGAGAGCUCUGUGUCCUGGGAGUCCUCGCUGUUCCCCGCCCUCGUCCAGACCGGCUGUUACCAGUACCUCAUGUUCUACGCCUGCACGCUGCUCGUGCCCAAGUGUGACCCCGUCAGUCUGCAGAGAGUCCCGCCCUGCAGGUCAUUGUGUCGUAACGCGAAGGAGAAGUGUGAGUCAGUGCUUGGCAUUGUGGGUCUGCAGUGGCCCGAGGAUUCAGACUGUAGCCAGUUUCCAGAGGAGGGAGGAAACGCCACCUGCCUGCUGCCGGAGGCCGGCGUCGAAGAGUGCUCCCCCAGCCACUUCAAGUGUCGGUCUGGUCGCUGCGUCCUGGCGUCCAAACGCUGCGACGGACACCUGGACUGUGAUGACCACAGCGACGAGGACAACUGUGGCUGCUCAGAGCGCGCUCUGUGGGAGUGUCCCGGCAGCAACGUGUGCAUUAAAGCCAGUAUGAUCUGUGACGGCUUCCCAGACUGCCCCCUGCUGGUGGACGAGGCCAACUGCUCUGUGUGCAGAGACAACGAGCUCUCCUGUAACAACCAUCAGUGUGUCCAUCGCACACUGUGGUGCGACGGAAGGAAACACUGUUCAGACAGUUCAGACGAAUGGAACUGUGUGUCUCUGUCCGAUCAAUCAGGUUCAGUAUUGACAGUCUUCAGGACGGCAGCAGAGUAUCAGGUCUGUGCAGACGAGUGGAACCACGAGCUGAGCAAACUGACCUGUGACCAGCUGGGACUAGGGGUUCCUUCCUCUGAUUCCAUGGUAGCUGACCAGCCUGGAGUCCCGGGCCGUCGCCGCUGGUUACAUGUCCAUCCUGAGUGGAACCUGAGGAACAGUUCUUCUCUUCAGGCCCGACUGGAGAAGAGAAGUCAUACGUGUCAUUCCAGGAGGAGAGUUUCUGUGUUUUGUACCAAAGAAGAGUGUGGUGUUCGUCCAGUUGUGGGCAUCCACCCUCACAGGAAGAAGAGGAUCCUGGGAGGGCGGGUGUCCCGGCGGGGUGCGUGGCCGUGGCAGUGCUCGCUGCAGAGCGGGCAGAGUGGACAUGUGUGCGGCUGCGUCCUCAUCGGCCGGAGGUGGGCUCUGACCGUCGCACACUGCUUUGAGGGGAGGGAGAGCGCGGACCUGUGGAAGGUCGUCCUGGGCCUCAACAACCUGGACCAUCCGGGCGUCCACAGCCAGAGCCGCGGGGUGCGCUCCAUCAUCGUACACCCGCGCUACAACCGGGCGGUGGUCGACUACGACAUCAGCGUGGUGCAGCUGGACUCUGAGGUGGAGGAGACGCCGUUUGUCAGACCGGUGUGUCUGCCUCAGCCCGGUCAGCUGCCGUCACCGGACUCCUACUGUUACAUCACCGGCUGGGGUCACAUGGGCAACAGGAUGCCCUUUAAGCUGCAGGAAGGGGAGGUCCGGAUCAUCUCUCUGUCUCAGUGUCAGUCUUACUUCGACAUGAAGACCAUCACUCCCAGGAUGCUUUGUGCCGGUUACGACGCUGGAACCGUCGACUCCUGCAUGGGCGACAGUGGCGGUCCGCUGGUGUGCGCAGAGGAGGCCGGGCGUUGGACGUUGUUCGGCCUGACGUCGUGGGGAAGCGUGUGCUUCAGUAAAGUGCUGGGACCUGGAGUUUACAGCAACGUGACGCACUUCACCCCCUGGAUCCAACAACAGAUCUACAUCCACACAUACCUGACCGACUGACACACACACAGGAGCGCUUUCAUUCCAGGGGGAAGUGAGGUCAUUGUCCGUCACACACACCUUCAGUUCCUCCACCUGUGCCUAUAACUUUACUGAUAGCCUUCAGAUGCUAACUGCCGUAUGAGCAGUAGUAUUAACUAGUAUUACUGAUGCUAGCUUGUUAGCUAGUUGAGCUGUUGUUAACAAGUAAUCGUCACAUUACACACUCAGUUCAAUUAUUUCAUUAUUACCAUGUAUGGAAGCAAAACAAGGACAAAAAUCUCAGAUUGAAUAAACUUGUAAACACGUCAACUGUGAAUUUAAACAUUGUUAAACAUUUAACAGUGGAAUUUAAACUUAAUGGAAAUUUAGCAAAGAAAUUUACACAUUUAUGUAAAUUUUAUGAUAGAAUUUAAAUUGAAUACAAAAUGUCUUUGCUCCCAUUAACGUAACAUUAAUCAUUAUUUUAUUAGUAUUUUAGCAGCAGCAGUAACUCAGAGGAAAAUCAGCUUCAGUUCGUUGUUGCAUUAAUAUUCUCCAGUGUGUGUGUGUGUGUGUGUGUGUGUUUGUGUGUGUGUGUGUGUGUGUGUGUGUGCUGCUUCUUCUUCUACACUUUUUAAACUUUACAUCGUUAAAACGUCAUCACAAUGGUCAGACGUUUAGCGCUGACAUCCUCGAAGCUGCUAGCUAAAACAGACCAGCCGAGCACUCAACCUCCCACAAUGCUUCACUCUAUAGUGCCUGUACUUCAACCUGUCACCCGUACGAUGUCGUGCUGUACGUGUGAGUGACACAGAGAAAGUUUGUAAACACACUGGUCAACUUUGAUGGACAACAUUUAUCCGUGAACUUUAUUAACACACAUUGGGUUUAACAACGUGUUGUAUUUGUCCGUACUAACAUGUAUAAACAGAAUAUAAAAAGUUGAUCAAUUGUUAAUAACAGACUGUAAUGUAGCUAUAAUAUUAAUAAUAUAACUAUCAGUCUAUAUACACAAUCAGAAAUACUGAAAGCGAUUAAACACAGUGUCUUUAUUUACUUAUAAACAGAUAUAAAUACAAACGAUCAAAAAGUAAACUGUCGGAAUUUAAAAUGUUCAAUUUAAUGUUUAAAGUCAAAACAAAGUAUAAAGAAAAAUAGCUCAAUUAUCCUUAACUACUAAUUUACAAACUCAACUGGCCAAACUGUAGUUUUAAAAGAAGCCAUGUUUAGAUAGCUAACUUUGCUAACUUCAGCUAGCAGACUCGCUAACACAAUCUAUUAACUGCCAAAUUAGCGCCAGCUAGAAUGUGAAGCACAAAAUGUAGCAUAUUGCUAAUGUAGACCGUGAGAUGAUGUAUUUAAAAUGCUGCCGAGUGUUAGCAGUGAGCUACAUUAACUUUAAUGUAGCUGACAAAACAGCGUGUAUUAGCACCGAAGCUAACUGCUGAAGUUAUGAGUGAGUCUCUCCUGAAGAGUUUGAAGUGAAUUCAAAAUGAACAUCGUGCGAGUUAAAUAAAUCAGUUUCACAUUUUACUGUGACAUCAAACACGUCAGUAACAACCUCACCGGGAUUCAGUUUAUUUUCUACGUGUCUUUUUAAAGACGGUUGUUAGUGGCGCCACUCCGUCACAGAUUCAGAAGAUAAUUCUGAGGCUCCGCGCUGCUCGUCAAUAAUAUUUUUAAUGAGACGAAGUGUCUUCACACUCACUGCUAAUUAUCUAACACUGAUUUAUGAAAGUUUGUCUGUUUGGUGUUAUGACGAAUCGGAACCUUGAUCAAUAGUUUACAUGUUUUCGUUUUAAUGGUAUUUAACUCAUGGUUGAGGGACGUCAACACGAUGUUGUUUCAUGGACAAAAUCUGAAAUUUAUUUUUAAUUUAAUGAAACAUGGUCAAGUUCAUUGGUUUACAUGAAUUAUUCAUAA